AUGUCGACGCUACUAAAGCAGGCUCACAAGGACCAGUUGUCUAAAUGGAUAACUCCAUCAACAAGACAUAAGUUUACGUUACUGUACAAGAUCAACCUUGACGGAUGUAACGCCCAGACCUUCCAUAGUUAUUGUGACUACAAGGGACCAACUGUCACCGUCCUGUACAACACUGACAACUCAGUGUAUGGGGGAUAUACCGCUGCCAGCUGGAACUCAAAUGGGGGCUUUAUUACUGACGAUCAGGCAUUUCUAUUUAAACUAGAAUAUAACGGUAAAGCACAACCAGUGAAAUUUCCUAUCCACACAGACGGCAACAACGCAAUCUAUGGACAGGAUAAUUAUGGACCAACAUUCGGAAGAGGUCAUGACUUGAAGUGUUUCUGGGAAACUGUAAAUAAAACAGGGACUUAUUUCACACUAAAUGGUGAAACUAAUGUUGGGAAUACGUACAACAUGAAAGGACAGGACAAAAACAGUGUAAUGAAUGGCCAUCUAAACGUCUUGGAACUGGAGGUUUACAGCGUGGAAGAGUACAAUUUGCUUGUAAAGCCCUGGGUAGAGAAUGUUGACUGGAGUCGUAAGUUUGAGAAGCAGAUUAAGGAUAACGUGGCAAGUUAUAAACCGUUAUCCGGACUGGACCUCCAGCAGGCGAGGAUCCUGUUGGUCGGACAGGUUGGGGCUGGAAAGUCCAGCUACUUCAACACCAUCAAUUCCAUCUUCCGGGGACAUAUCAGCGGACAGGCUAAUGCAGGGAGUGCUGAACAUAGUUUAACAACUUCUUACCGGAUGUAUGAAAUACACGACGGAUAUGCCAGUAGAACAUUCAACUUCCGGUUGUGCGACACACGUGGUCUAGAAGAGGAUCAAGGUCUGAAUGAUCAAGAUGUUGGAUACAUACUUGAUGGUCACGUGCCUGACAGAUACAAUUUCAAUCCGGCUAUACCACUUUCGCCUGACGCCGAAGGAUUCGUGAAAACCCCUGCAUUCUCCGACAAAAUUCACUGUGUGGCUUUUGUAAUAGACGCUAGUACAAUUGACGUCAUCCCCGAGAAAGUCUGGGAAAGAAUCAAAGCCAUGCAACCAAGGAUGAACUAUAAAGGAAUUCCGCAGGUGGUACUUUUGACAAAAAUCGACAGAAUUUGUGAGGAUAUAUCCGAUGACGUUAGCAAAGUAUUCUUCAGUCCUGCGAUGAAAGAAUGUGUGGAUAAGAUUGCUCUUAUGAUGGGUCUGCCAAGAUCUCAUGUACUUCCGGUGAAGAAUUACGAAAACGAGAUCGGCCUUAACCAGAAUGUCACCAUCUUGUCACUACUCAGCCUCAGACGAAUUUUGAAUUUUGUCGACGACUUCUUGUUCAACAAAGUUGACGAGAUCUCUGCCGGCAAAAUGCAAGCGGUCAAAAUCAGUGAUUAAAACAUAUUUUGUUGAGGAAAAGCCAAUAAACUUUAUAUAUACAUAGUCGCAUAGAUUCUGUUUAUAUUAAGGGAGAAAAAUGUUUGUGCAUGGCACGUUCUUGCAAUACAGAUUGCUUUUGCUUUCUUUCAUUAUUAAUGUAAUAAUUUUCAAUAUCUUAUUGAAGAACUACCAUGAUCUACUUGUUAUUGUUCAAAGUUCUGCGGAAUAGAUUUUCCCUGACAUGAGUUUUAUGAAGUAAAUGACAAAUUGUAAAUAUCAUCAAAACGUUUCCUAAUGCUUAUUUAAAUAGUGUGAACAAAAUAAUCAGUAUAAGUAAUAAGCCUUAAAUAUGUUGUUCUACUAUUAGACUGUGUUGUCUAUUCGAUAACUUAAAUCAUACACAUACAUAUUAUGAAUAAACCAUUUAAUCGUUGCGCGAGGGCAUGAUUCAUAUAUGAGGAUGACAUAAACGUCACAACAUUAGCGGUCCUCAAACGUUGGAAUAUCUGGGCAACACAAUAUUUUGCAUUGGAAAAUAAAUUAAACAGGUAAACUAAAUGCCGAAAAACGAAAUAAAACUACAUGCUUUAAUCUGUUUGGCCCUUGUAAAACUUGUAAGCGGUAAUCGGUGUCAUGUGUGUGGAAAUCCGGAGGGAAAGCAAGAAAUCAACAAUGGUCUAAAAUGUUAAACUACUUAAAAUGUUAAACUAAAUACAGAAAGGGUAAAAUUACUCAAUACUUCAAUAUUGAAGAAUAUAUGCAUAUUACGUAGUUGAAAAUAUGAUGAAAUUUCUGUGAGAACAGUGCAACUAUUCCAAAGAAAUUAAACGUGACAGUCAGGAUAAUUCAAGUUCAUCAAACACAGCUCUAGGAACAUAAUACAUUGUUCCGUAAAAUCAUACAUACAUGUAUAUGCAGGAUCCCAUUUUUUGAUAGAUUAACAUAUUUUAUCAGGGGAGAUCUUCUUUCCAUCAGCUUUUUCCUAGAUCCCACAUUUAUCUGUUUAUUUUUAUAACACGCAUCCCAGGGUUUUGCAUAAGUCUUGAUCAUAAAUCACAAUAUAUUGAAAAUAUAUUAUUUUUCAAUGUGAAUCACAUGAAUUUACGUCAUAAAUAAAUGUAACUUUUGCUAUCAACUGUCCUAUAAAAUAGGUACGUACUUAGUAAUUAUUUAUUCAUACUCUUUUUUAUUGUUAGCACAUUCCUUUUACAGAUUAAUGGUAGGCUCAAUUUUUUCGUUGAUGUAAAAGUAUAAUUUAUAUUUGUAAUAUAUUUUCCUCAUCAACAUUUAUGGUGUAAGAACAUCCGUUUAUGUACAAAUUAUAGUGUUAAAAGUAUGUUCUAUAAUAUAUUUUAAUUAUAUUCUAUCAUUUGAGUAAAUCUCAUGACGAAAAUUUCAAUGCAGAAUGGCCAAUACUAACUUUCAAUGUUCACGUCAUCCUGCAAUACAACAUGAUGCCCAGUUCUGUGAGGUGUUUAAACAUUGUGAUCAGGGAGGAUUGCUCCACAGUUUCUGAAUGCAUAGAUAAUAUAUAUGAAUCAGACUCUUCUACUUCUACAAUAUAAACGUUUGUUUGCUUUACAUAUAUGCCUAGUAUAAGUCUAGAAAAUUAUUUCAGCAGUAUUUGAAAUAAUAAGAACAAAACGAUAUCAUUUUAAUAUGUAACUGUUAAUUUUCUGUGCUUCGAUAUAACAGAUGGCAAAAAUUUGCUAGAAAGAACAGGAAUGCAGUAAGUGAUGAGUCUACAAUAUCUUUAACUAUAAUUUCACGUUAUUUCAGGAGGAAAUAUGAUAUAUUCGUUAAGAUAUUAACAGCUAUUUUGAAUUAAUGCGUUGAUAUUUAUUUGCUUUAUUACAUUAUUAAUAAAACCAA